AUCGGUGCAAUAGUAACUCCACCAGCCAGCUAUAUAUUGCUAUACCGCUGCCGUUGCUCACACUGCUGCUGCUGCUGCUACACGUAUGAGACAGUAUAUCAUCUUUCCAUCGCUCACUAACGACAGUGUACACUACUGAGCUACCGCAUCACGCUCGCCAGGUGGCGUAGUCUCCGGCGUCGUCGUCGUGGUCGUCGUCGUCCGUGUAUACUGGAGCUUUAUCAAUCAUGGCGGCCUGCCGCAUGACGAUGUGUUGUGUCGUUCUAUCGGUCCUGAGCGUGAAUGUCAUUGUUAUGACGACCGACGACCACUGCGCCACCGCCGUACUGUCGAGCCUCAGCGGACGGCGGCUGAGCACAGGUGGCGCCAGGGUCAUAAGUGCGACGAGGAGCAGCGACGAGCUGACCUUCGUGGCAAAGGUCAACAGAGGUCAGGAGUGUGACGCCUGGAUGCAGACGCUCGCCACCGAAGCCAACUUCAUACUGAAACUUGAGCAGCGAACACCAAAUUGCGAUGUGGUCGACAUAACAUCGGCAGCGCUGCACCUGUGGGACGAGGGCGUCAUCUUUGGCUCAGGGACGCUGAAGGACGUGGAUGGUGGCAGUGCAGGUAACGUCACCGUGAGGGUGGAGGUGUCCGGCUUACAAUGCUCCAACUGGUUGCAGAGACAUCCGCACCUAGACUACGCCCCAAUACCCGACCAACGGCUGCUCACCAGCGAUACGAUGCCAGAGGGCGCUGCAGUCUAUAACAUCGCCUGUGCUCUGAGGGCUAGUCCGACUCCGCUGCUGCAGGUGUCCUGGCUGAAGGACGGCAUGCCAUUGGAUACAUCCGAUAGAGUGAAAUACAGCGGUCGAUCGCCAUUAAGACCGUCGCUGAUCAUCGGGAGCCCCACACGGGCAGACUCAGGCAUCUACCAGUGUCGCGCUAGAAAUGACGUCGGCUGGGGACCGGUCAGCCGUCCGUUCUCACUCGUCGUCGGCGACGACACGACAAGCCGGCCGGUAUGCGGGGAGGAACGCGACGUGGUCACCAGGCUGACAGACGAAGUGGAGCUGGUCUGCGUCACAGACCCGCGUCUCAGUGACUUGGAGUUCACGUGGCGCUUCCGGGCGGAAAUUUUGUCCGCCACCGAGCAAAGCGGUACCAGAAGUGUGCUUAGACUGGUACCACGCUCUCUCGGACAAGACGGGGAGUACGCAUGUGAGGUGAGACAUCCUAGCUGGACAGAGAGUUUAAUCUGUAGAAACACGCUGCGACUCCUGCCACCGGCUAUCCUGAGAAGCACACUACCACCAGGUGGCGGUUUACCCCGGCCAGGGAGCAGUCCACGGCCACCAGGUGGCGGUUCACCCCAGCCAGGGAGCGGUCCACGGCCACCAGGUGGCGGUUUACCCCGGCCAGGGAGCGGUCCACGGCCACCAGGUGGCGGUGCUGGCAGGCCAAACAGAGCUGAUGGGUAG